AUGUUUGUCGUAUGGCGGCGGUUAAAAGUGCACAAUGCGCGACGAUUCUCGAGUGCGAGCGCCUCAGUUGUUCAUUCACUCUCGUAUUUAUCACAUCAAAGUCGCGUACAUUUUCAAGCAAGUGAUAGUUCGAGGACAAACGUGGAGAUUGUGCCAGUUUUAAGCGCUGACGAAUUUGCUUUACGUGUUCUGGAGACGGACAAAUCAAUUGACAUUCAAAAUUUAUUUGAUAUUGAGAAAGAAAGUGCCAGUCAUUCAAUUGAUGUCACAAGAGUUUGUAUUACUAAAAAAUACAAUUUCGAUGCGAAUGUGCAGCUGCUUGUGCCUCACACAGUGGCUCUGAAUCUUGCAGUGGCUAAUGGUGGUGUAAUAUUAAAAAAUAAGUUAGAAGGAGAUGUCAAGGUGGUUUUGGGCUGUGGUGAUAUCCAACUUGAUAAAGUACGAGGCGAUACUGUCAAUCUAACGACAAAUGGCGGCAAGAUUGAUGUCUUGACGCUUGUGGAAGGAAAGACAGUAAGAUUCAACGCCACGGAAAGUGUCACAUGCAAGCGACUGAUGGCAAAUAAUGCUGAGAUCAUUUUAGGAAAAGGAGAAAUAUCGAACUCUGUUUUUGGAGCUAUUUACGCUUCAACAUGCAAUUUUGUGUCUAGAAACCAAUCGGGUCAAUCAAAGCUUCGUAUUGGAAAUGUUCAUGGAUAUCUUCGCGUGUCAAGUCAGGGACUUGAAAGUAUAGAUAUAGAUAGUGUGACUGGAGCGCUAGACAUUGAGGACAGCGGCAAUUCUUGCAACGUUAUGGCGCACUUUGACUCAUGGACCAAUCAAAUGGCCAGUAAUAUUCUUGUAGGUGGCGAUGUGCACGUUUCUCUUCAUCCGUCAGCAUCAAUCAAUGUUGAACUUCAUGGCGUACAGGUGACCACAGGAAAAGAUACUGAGUUUGUGAACAGUGAGAUGGAUACACUGGAUGAGAAUUAUGCCAUUUUUACUGGUGAACUGUGUGCUCAAAAGACAGCAAAGGAUAUGUCGUCGGGAUCAACGGGUAAGAUCAAUGUGGACAGCGCGAAAGAUGAUGCUAUGCGCACGUCUUUUUUCAUGAACAAAAUUACCGACUUAGAUGAGACUGAGGUGAAGGCAUCACGACUAUUCGUUCAUUCACUAAGUGGUGAUUAG